AUGACCGCCGAUUUUGGUUCCUAUACCGGGUACCCAGAGCAGGCGAUAACCCGGAACCGGUACCGAAGGCGCUGUCUUCUCUUCUGGUCACUCUCCUUUCUCCCCUCUCAAACCCAUCCUUCAGUUAAUCGAAGCUUCAAUCGCUCCAGACUCCAGUCCUCGUUCUGUUCAAUCCAAGCUUCAAUCGAAGUCGACACUUUAAGGUGGACCACGUGGCUCCGAUCAUCCCUACUUACACUUUCCCUCAUCUUCCUUGCCUCUCUUAUCUUCAAGGCUCUACCGAACAAACAUACGAUUGAUUAUUCACGUCUCCAAUGCAUGAUGAUGAAACUGGUUGGCAGGUUCCUUAGAACACCAACAGACCAACAGACCAAUAGGUUGCUUGUAUACCGUUCUUGACUGAUGAGAUGACAAGAUCAAUGGAUCCAAUUCAAGGCUAUGAUGUUUUUGAUGUGUUGUUUUUCCUAUUGUUGUUUUAUGUUUAUUGUUCGUAAUUUGUCAGUUUUAUAAUCUCUACAUGUUAAAUUUCAGUUGAUGGCAAUUGUUUUCUAUGAUGUUUUCUAAUUGUGAGAAGUGUUUUUAAAGUUUAAUAGAUGGUUACGUAAAAAAUCAAAUUUUUAUAAUUGUUUUAUUUUCAUACCAUUUCUAAUUUGGAU